GAUAUGUGCAUGUGAGCUUGUGUUUCAUAACUGGUUUAUUAUUGUGGCGUAGUUGGCUUAAAAAUCUACCCUGCACCUGUUGGGCUGGUUUCAAAGCAAACCUGCGUUUUGGGCCUUUUUCUGCCCCUUUAACAUUGAGGAAUUUUUUUUGCAAUUAAAUUGCGUCGAAGUUUGGACCCACGAACACAGCACAAUCACAACCACAACUUCAAAAUGGGCAACAAUGUGAGUGCCAAGGCGAUGUCUGAUGGCGAGGGCAGCGAACCUCCUCUGGAUGGUGGGAAACAUAAAAGCCAUCAACAUCACAAAUCUAGCAUACAGUCAUCGAACGCGAACAACAAUGCCAGCGAUAUUGUUGUCAGCAAUAGCAACAGCAACGGCAACGGCAGCAAUAACAGUCUCAAGGUGCAAUCACAAACACAAACAAUGACCAGAUCCGCAUCAGGCGCCGAUGUGACGGAGAAGCACCUAACACAGCUGGUGCCAGUGGAGCGCCUGGCUGAUAUAUUAAAGGAACAGACGAGUGCCAAGUACGGCAUUAAUGGCAUUGUGUCAGAUGUUUUUGUGACUCAAGUGUUCCCUGGGUACACUGAUUUGGGCCAUCGGCUCUUUCAAUUAAUGCACGUUAGCUCGAAGGCAACAACAAAGCAUCUGGGCGUCGUAGCCUUUCGACAGCAAUGCGAAAGAUUUUUAGGCAUAAUGGACGAUACUAAAGUACUGGAGAGCUACAUUAAGAUGUACGCACAGGUUGAUAAUCCCGAUUUCAUCGAUAAAGUAGGCGUCACACGUCUGCUGCAUAUUUGCUAUACGAUUGCCAUGCAACACUCGGGAAACGCGGUGCUCUGCCCCGCCAUCAAUAGAACUUUUGAGUCGGUGACAAAGUCGAUAUUUUUCAGUCACGACAGCCUCAGUUUGGGCUUCGUUUGCCGAUGGUUCGAGCAGAAUUUGAUACGUCCUGUGUUACUGGUGCACAAGUAUUGUGUGCAUACGCUCUCCACAGCAUAUCGUGGCCUGGAGCAGCAGACACAGUCAUGCGGCCUUGAGCUGCAAACGCCGGUCAUCGAGCAACGCAAUCCAUUUGCGUCCGCUGAUGCAACGGAUCAUAAUGCGCCAAGCAUGCACAUGGAGUCGCUGAUGCCACUCUCACAGGCCUGGCUGCUGGCCGGCGCUCUGCCGCCCCUUUAUUCCAAGCCGCGUACAAUUACGCCGCCCAACAGUAGCAACAACAGCAGCGCCCAGUCAGCUGUGCAGAUAUUCAAGGAUAAACUCUCGAUGAUGCCAUCACACUGGACCCUGCUGUACGAUUCCAACGAGCAUGGCGUCGGUGCCAAUCGUUUCUUGCACCACGUUCUUGGCUAUCGCGGACCAACGCUGGUCCUGCUGCACACAAACGACAAGCAGACCUACUGCAUUGCGGCGCCCAGUGAGUGGAAGGAGACACAUUUGUUUGUCGGAUCAGAGGGCAGCUGUGUGAUACAGCUGUUGCCCAAAUUUGUGAUACUGGAAAAGAAACCCAAUAUUUUGUACCUUAACACCAGCAUUCGCGGCUACCCGAAGGGAUUGCGCGCUGGAGCUGAUCCCCGCAAGCCCAUCAUAGCGGUAGAUGAACAUUUCGAGAAUGUAGACUGCAAGGGCAUUGCGGCAGGCCUCAGGUCCAUUGAGGUUUGGGGCUGCGGCGAUAAAUCAUCACGCGAUGUGCAAUUGGAUAUUAAAAAGUGGCAAAUCAAGGAGGCGGAACGUCAGCGCACAGUCAAAUUAACAGCCGCCGAUUGGAUGGAUCAUCCGGAUCGAUAUUUGCUGGAGCUGGGCGGCAGGCAGAACUACAACAAUUAAUGGCAACAACAAUUUUCGCUGUUGUUGCCGAUGCGUGUAUUAAUUCGAAAGCAAUUGGUGUGUGCCUUUAAUUGGAGAGCGCGCUUUUAAAUUUACGGGAAAUACAUUUUAAAAUGAUAAUACUUUAAUAAGAUUAUCCGUUCGUUCACGACAAGUGUCAAAAGCCUGGACUGAAAUUGUUUGUAUUUGAAUCGUGUUUCGAUUAACGAA